AUGGCUCCCGUCGCGCGACUAAGCAACUCGGCCCUGCGGGCCUUGCUCAGGUCUCCGGCCCUCAAUGGCCGGUCCGCCGCCUUCAACACCGCCGUGCGAUGCUACUCGGCCAAGACCCAGACCCUCAAGGAGCGCUUCGCCGAGAUCCUGCCCGAGAAGAUUGAGCAGAUCAAGGCCCUCCGGAAAGAGCAUGGCUCCAAGGUCGUCGACAAGGUGACGCUCGACCAGGUCUACGGCGGUGCCCGUGGCAUCAAGUGCCUUGUCUGGGAGGGAUCCGUUCUCGACGCCGAGGAGGGCAUCCGAUUCCGCGGCAAGACGAUCCCCGAGUGCCAGGAGCUUCUGCCCAAGGCUCCCGGCGGCAAGGAGCCUCUGCCAGAAGGCCUCUUCUGGCUGCUCCUCACCGGUGAGGUGCCGACCGAGCAGCAGGUCCGCGAUCUGUCCGCCGAGUGGGCUGCCCGCUCCGACAUUCCCAAGUUUGUCGAGGAACUCAUCGACCACUGCCCGACCGACCUCCACCCCAUGGCGCAGUUCUCCCUGGCCGUCACCGCUCUCGAGCACACGUCGUCCUUUUCGAAGGCCUACGCCAAGGGCAUCAACAAGAAGGACUAUUGGGGCUACACGUUCGAGGACUCGAUGGAUCUCAUUGCCAAGCUGCCCAACAUUGCCUCGCGCAUCUACCAAAACGUCUUCAAGGGCGGCAAGGUGGCCCCCAUCCAAAAAGAUAAGGACUACUCGUUCAACUUGGCCAAUCAGCUUGGCUUCGGCAAGGACACGGAUUUCGUCGAGCUCUUGCGCUUGUACCUGACCAUCCACACCGACCACGAGGGCGGCAAUGUCAGCGCCCACACCACCCACCUCGUCGGCAGCGCCCUCAGCUCGCCCUUCCUGUCUCUGGCCGCUGGGCUCAACGGCCUGGCCGGUCCCCUGCACGGCCUGGCCAACCAAGAGGUGCUCAACUGGCUUACUGAAAUGAAGAAGUCUGUUGGCGACGACCUCAGUGACAAGGCCAUCACCGACUACCUGUGGUCGACGCUCAACGCCGGGCGAGUCGUUCCCGGCUACGGCCAUGCUGUCCUCCGAAAGACGGACCCCCGCUACAUGGCCCAGCGCCAGUUUGCUCUUGACAAGAUGCCCAACGACCCCAUGUUCAAGCUCGUCAGCCAGGUCUACAAGAUUGCCCCUGGCGUCCUGACUGAGCACGGCAAGACCAAGAACCCGUACCCCAACGUCGAUGCUCACUCGGGCGUCCUGCUGCAGUACUACGGCCUGAAGGAGGCCAGCUACUACACGGUGCUGUUCGGUGUCUCUCGCGCUAUCGGCGUGCUUCCCCAGCUGAUCCUGGACCGUGCCUUUGGAGCGCCGAUUGAGCGGCCCAAGUCCUUCUCCACCGACAAGUGGAUCGAGUUGAGCAAGAAGGCGUAG